AUGUCCAUGAAUACUUUUUCGAAUGGUUUCGAAGCAGUAGUUAUUAUCACCAUAGGUUCUUUGUUUACGCAAGCCGUCGAAUUUUCGACAACUAAGGAAGCUGAAAUCCGCUCCCUAUACGUACAAGCAAUUUCUGUGGCGGAGGAACUUAAACCAACACAGAACGGUGAUGAUAACGUUAAUCUGGCUGGUUCUACCUGUUUUAAUCGGUCCGAUGGUAACAAUUGUUCAAGCAAACCACGUUUGCCAGAAAUACCACUGCCCACAUUUAACGGUGAACUUUCAUCUUGGCCUGUAUUUCGGGAUCGUUUCACCGCACGCGUGAUCGAACGUGAUGACUUAUCUAACAUUGAUCGAUUCUACUACCUGCUAGGUUGUCUCAAGGAUGAGGCUCUUCUUAGUGUUCGCAAUAUAGCUGUAUCUGAGGCUACCUAUGAACUGGCGUGGACCACACUCGUAGAACGAUUUGACAAGCCUAGGCAGCUGGCCGCCUUAAUCGUGGAUAAACUAAUAUCUAUACCAGCUCAAUCCCAGGAAUCGUUAGAUGGAUUAAAGGAAUUCUUAGCAGUAUUCUCUGAUCAAGUAUCGACACUCGAAUCUUUAAACAUUCCCAACCUGGGGGAGUUCUUGUUGUUCUCGCUUUCCGCACGGUGUCUGCCACUGUCGACGCGUAAAGGGUUCGAGGCUGUCAAUCAGAACGAAUUCCCUACGUCAGCUGAUGUUGUGUGUUAUGUCAAAAAUCGUGUAUCUCUUUUGGAAGCCGUCAACUUUACUAGCAGCUCACAUCGUCCACCAGCGCAACAGGAACGUCCAAAAUCCUCUCUACGUCGUCAAGAAGAAAAACGGCCCAAGGUGGCACUGUACACUUCAAAGAUGUCGAGUGCUCCAACGUCAAAAUGCUUGUUUUGUUCUAAAGACCAUUCGUCAGUCCAAUGUCCAAAUUUUGAAGGUUUGUCAAUGGACGCCCGUGGCCCGUUACCAGACCGCCCGUGA